GAGAUUGGGAGCACGCUUGCGCGGCUGUCACAGGGCUGCUUGGUUGGUCGGUGGGGAGUCGGCGCCUGCGUACUAAGAGCUGUGUGCAGCAGCGGCGGCGGCGGUAGAGGCGGCGGCGGCGGCGGCAGCGGGCUCGGAGGCAGCGGUUGGGCUCGCGGCGAGCGGACGGGGUCGGGUCAGUGCGUUCGCGCGAGUUGGAAUCGAAGCCUCUUAAAAAAUGGCAGAUGAUUUGGACUUCGAGACAGGAGAUGCAGGGGCCUCAGCCACCUUCCCGAUGCAGUGCUCAGCAUUACGUAAGAAUGGCUUUGUGGUGCUCAAAGGCCGACCAUGUAAGAUUGUGGAGAUGUCUACCUCCAAGACCGGCAAGCAUGGCCACGCCAAGGUCCACCUGGUUGGUAUUGACAUCUUUACUGGGAAGAAAUACGAAGAUAUCUGCCCAUCAACUCAUAAUAUGGAUGUCCCCAACAUCAAAAGGAAUGACUUCCAGCUGAUUGGCAUCCAGGAUGGGUAUCUAUCACUGCUCCAGGACAGUGGGGAGGUGCGAGAGGACCUUCGCCUCCCUGAAGGAGAUCUUGGCAAGGAAAUUGAGCAGAAGUACGACUGUGGAGAAGAGAUCCUGAUCACGGUGCUGUCUGCCAUGACAGAGGAGGCAGCUGUUGCAAUCAAGGCUAUGGCAAAAUAACUGGCUCCCAGGGUGGCGGUGGUGGCAGCAGUGAUCCUCGAGCCUGCAGAGGCCCCCUCCCCCAGCCUGGCCCGGCCCUGUCCAGGCCCUUGGCUGGAUUCCUACACAAUUUAUUUGACGUUUUAUUUUGGUUUUCCCCACACCCCAAACUGUCGGGGAGUCCUUUCCCUCUACCCUGCUCCCUUGGCCAAGAGUGAGUGAGCUGUGGCCUUGGCGAUGCUGCCCUCCUCUUCUCCCCUCGCACUACAGCCCUGGUGGGGGAGAGGAGUGGGUGCUGCUUGUGGUUUAUUUUUAGUUGGAUUUUUUUCCUUUUUUUUUUUUUUUAAUUCAAUCUGGAAUCAGAAUGCUGCGGAUUCUGGCAAAUGGUCCUUGUAAUAACCUUUACCCACUCACCCUAGUCUGGUCCCUGUGCCCAUAGCCCUUUACCCUGGCACCACCCCUACAGACUGGGGACCAGCCCCCUCCCCUGCCUGUCUCUCUCCCCAAAUCCCUUUAGGUGGGGAGGGAAGAGGAGGAGAGGGGAGGGGACCUGCCCCCUCCUCAGGCAUCUAGGAGGGCCCUGCCCCCAUGGGCUUCACCCUUUCCUGUGGGCUCUCUCCCCGACACAUUUGUUAAAAUCAAACCUGAAUAAAACUACAAGUUUAAUAUGAA